AUGGUUUGGUCUGGUUUUGUGGAGAACCUGAAUUGGAAAGUGGGUAGAGUUGAAGAUGUGAGUGAUUUGUGGCCUACGGUUAAGGGUGAAUUUGAGGAAAGGCUGCCAUUUAAGAGGGCUUGUUUAAAUAACAAGACUCGUAAUCCAGUCUUUGUUGAAAAAUUACAUGCUGAAUACAUAUUAACAACUGAUUCUAGACUCCGUAGCCGAUUUCCUCAGGAGCAAUCUUUAUUUUGGUUUCGGGAGCCAUAUGCAACUAUAGUUCUUGUUACAUGUGAGGAAUGGUUCAUUGUAUUCGUAUCUAGGGCUCACCCAAAUAACGAUCAAGCAACCAAAUCGGCAAAGAAGGUAUAUGCUAAACUGGAAGUUGAGUUCAGCUCCAAAAAAAGAGAAAGGUGCUGCAAACUAGAUAUACAAGCCCCUGAAGCAAAUUUUUGGGAAGAUUUGGAAACCAAGAUUAUGGAAUCUAUCAGAAAUACAUUAGACAAACGUGUACAAUUCUAUGAGGAUGAGAUACGCAAGCUUAGUGAACAGCGCUUCAUGCCUGUCUGGAACUUCUGUAAUUUUUUCAUUUUAAAGGAAAGUUUGGCUUUUAUGUUUGAGAUGGCUCACCUUUAUGAAGAUGCAUUGCGUGAAUAUGAUGAGCUAGAACUCUGCUAUUUAGAAACAGUCAACAUGACAGGCAAACAGAGAGAAUUCGGAGGGCUAGACCAUGGUGAUGAUCAGGCAGCACUGCUAAAUUCUGAAAGCAAGCCAUUGACACAAAUUGUUCAAGAUGAUUCAUUCAGGGAAUUUGAAUUUAGACAGUACCUCUUUGCCUGCCAAUCAAAGCUUUUGUUCAAGCUGAAUCGUCCCUUUGAGGUCGCAUCCAGGGGCUAUUCAUUUGUAAUUAGCUUUGCAAAGGCCUUGACACUAAAUGAGAAUAUAUUACCUUUUUGUAUGCGCGAAGUUUGGGUAACUACUGCAUGCUUGGCAUUGAUCAAUGCAUCUGCUUCUCACUAUGAUGAUGGACUCGUUGCACCUGAUAUUGAAAAAGAAUUCUACCGUCUUCAGGGUGAUCUUUAUUCACUGUGUAGGGUUAAGUUCUUGAGGCUCGCGUAUCUAAUGGGAUAUGGGACAGAUAUAGAAAGAAGUCCGGUGAACAGUGCUUCGCUUAGCAUGCUACCUUGGCCCAAACCAGCGGUUUGGCCUUCUGUUCCACCUGAUGCUUCCUCUGAGGUGCUUGCAAAAGAAAAGAUGAUUCUUCAAUCAAGUCCUAGAGCCAAGCACUUUAGCAUCCAAAGAAAACCUUUGCCUCUUGAACCUUCUGUACUCCUACGUGAAGCUAAUCGACGAAGGGCUUCUCUUUCUGCUGGAAAUAUGUGUGAAAUACUUGAUGGACCAGGUUAUGAAGCAUUAUUAAGGAUGUCCCCUUCAAAUAAAGCACAACCAAUUUCUAUGUCACGGACAAACUCUUCUCCUGGAAAUUUUGAGAGUUCAAUUGAUCGACCUAUGAGACUUGCUGAAAUUUUUGUUGCUGCUGAGCAUGCUCUGCAGCAUACAAUUUCAAAUUGCGAGCUAUGGAAAUCUUUAUCAUCUGUCGAGGAAUUUGAGGUAUUGAGAUCUCAUAGCUUUUCCAAGGGUGGUCCUGCAGAUAGUGAUGAUUUCAUGAGCUAUGAAAAGCCAACUAGACCUAUCUUGAAGGUUUUCAAACCAAGACCUUUGGUUGAUCUUUCGGCAGCUAUAUCAUCUGCUUUGCUAAUUAACGAAGCUCAGUGGAUUGGCAUUAUAGCUCGACCCAUUAACUAUUCUCUUAAAGGUGCAGUCUUGCAUAUAGAUACAGGUCCAGGUCUGAAAAUCGACAAGUCACUUGCUAUUGAAAUAGAGAGCUACGUAAACGGAUCCAAGGGUGCUGCUGACACACUAAGUUGUAUUAGUAAUGGGAAUGACUCUUCUGCAGCAGAGGACAAAAAAUUUGAGCGGUUAAGUCUCCAUGAUGGGAGAAUAGAUUUUCCAGAUUGGGCAAGCGACAUGAAUUCUAUUUUGUGGAUUCCAGUUCGUGCAAUCAAUGACAAUCUUGCAAGGGGAUCAUCUUCAGUUAACCCACAAAAACAAAGUGUUGUGGAUGGAUUGCGGACAAUAGCUUUGAAACUUGAAUUUGGUGUAUCUCACAACCAGAUAUUUGAUAGAACCUUAUCUGUACAUUUUACCGAUCCUUUCCAUGUGAUGACACGAGUUGCUGACAAAUGCAAUGAUGGCACUUUACUUCUGCAGGUGAUUCUACACUCUCAAGUAAAGGCCACAUUGACUGUCUAUGAUGCUUGGCUUGAUCUUCAAGAUGGAUUUGUUCAUACCGGACAAGGUGAUGGAAGACCCAGUUCAAGCUUCUUUCCGCUUGUCAUUUCUCAAAGUUCUAGAGCCGGACUCUUGUUUAGUAUAUGCUUAGGGAAGACACUUGCAAGAGGUGAAAAUGAGGAGCUGCGACCUGAUAGUAUAUUGAACAUCAGAUAUGGGAUUCAUGGUGAUAGAACCACUGGAGCACACCCACCAGUUGUUGCAGGAUCCUCUGGAGCAGAUACUCCUAGGCAGGAUCUUAUCUUCAGAAGUGCUCUUGCUUUACAGCAGCCUAUACUUGAUCCAUGCCUAGCUGUUGGAUUUCUGCCGCUUCCUUCUGGUGGUCUUAGGGUCGGGCAACUUGUUAACAUGAAAUGGAGAGUUGAAAGGUUGAAAGAUCUAGAGGGGAAUGAAGUUUCUCGAAGAAAUGAUGAGGUGUUAUAUGAAGUCAAUGCCAAUUCUGAGAAUUGGAUGAUUGCUGGGAGAAAGAGAGGGCAUGUUUCUCUCUCCACAAAGCAAGGUUCAAGGAUAGUUAUCUCAAUAUUAUGUGUGCCAUUGAUUGCCGGCUAUGUCCGUCCUCCUCAACUUGGAUUGCCCGAUGUGUCAGAGGCAAAUAUAAGCUGCAAUCCUCCUGGGCCUCACCUUAUCUGUGUCUUGCCACCAGUUCUCAGCUCUUCAUUCUGUGUCGCAACAUGAUAGUCCCUCACCAAUCUAAUUAUAAUAUAUUCCUAAGAUCAUUGUAUUCCUCCACUAAUCAGGUAAGUUUCUGAGUCAAGCAUUUAGCUUAUUAUACAAAAUGUCUACCUAUUCAUUAUCCAAUUUUGGUUCAACCUUCUAAAAAUUGUAAAUCUGUGCUUUCCCAAUUAUUGGAAAAGCAAACAAAACUAAAAAAGAAAAAGAGAAACAAUCCAGAUUUAGAUUAGGCAGUUCGGUUGGUGGUCUCUGUAUCAGUGAUUUUGCAACACCCUUCCUUCUGUACAGUGUAACAUUUAUACUCCUCAUUCAUCAAAGUAUGGAGAUCGAAAAAGGCGUAGCCUUUUUUUUUUUCUUCAUACGUUUUUGUUGGUUCCACUUGUUUUAAUAGAAAAAUAAUCUUGAGCGAGAUUGAUUGUA